AUUUUUAGAUCCCUUCACUCACAGCAUCUCAAUACAAAUACACAAACACGUGUUUUCUGGCUGGGGAAAAUUAUUUUAGAAUUUAAAAUUUUCGUAUUAAAUUCAUAAAAACCCAUUGAAAAACAUCGCCAACAUGACCGCUGAAGUCGCCGAACAAAAACCCGAGAAAGUCGAAGAGGUUUCCAAUGGUGGUGCAACUGAAGCUACAGAGGCCGAAACCAUCAGCCCCGUGGAAAGAAAAAUCAUGCGUCAAGUGGAAUACUAUUUUGGAGAUUCCAAUUUAAAUCGCGAUAAGUUUCUAUUGGACCAGAUUGCCAAAGACUCCGAUGGUUGGGUACCUAUUUCUGUUCUAUUGACCUUCAAGCGUUUGGCUUCUUUGAGUACUGAUGCUGCUGUCAUUGCGGAGGCUUGCGCCAAAUCAGAUGAAGGUUUGGUGGAAGUGAGCGAGGAUAAAAGCAAAAUCAGAAGACACCCCGAAAGACCAAUGCCAGAGCACAACGAGGAGAGACGCAAGGACAUUUCAUCUCGCACAGCUUAUGCCAAAGGUUUCCCCCUGGAUUCCACAAUGGAUGAAUUGUUGGAAUACUUUGCCGGCUUUGAGAAAGUCGUGCACAUAAAUAUGCGCAAGUAUUUGGAUAAACCCACCAAAACAUACAAAUUCAAGGGUAGCGUUUUUGCAACCUUUGAGAAGAAGGAACAGACUGAGAAUUUCAUAGAGAAAGCCAAUCCCAAGUACAAAGAUACCCCAUUAAUUGUCAAAUGGCAAGAGAAGUACAUUGAAGAAAAACGCGAAGAGCAAAAGGCCAAAGCAAACAAGAAAAAAGAGAAGAAGGAAAAGGAGGAGGAAAACACAAUUACCUUGGCCAAAGGUUCAGUGUUGUUCUUUGAAGGAGCCACAGAAGCGGUUACACGUGAACUCAUUAAGGAAGCCGUUGGAAAGGUUAGCAGCGAUUGGGACAUAGCCUAUGUUGAUUUCAGCAGAGGCAACAAGGAUGGUCAUGUCAGAUUCCACGAGGAAGGCUCUGCUGAAAAAUAUUUGGAAAAAUUAGAAGAUAAGAAGCUCAAAAUUAAUGACGAUGUUUCACUUGAUCUCCGCACACUCAGCGAAGAAGAGGAAAAAGAAUUCCUUGCCAAAGCUGUGGAAAACAUGAAAAAUCGUCGCAGUCAUUUCAACCAAAAGAAAGGAGGCUUCAAUCGUAAGCGUCGCAGUGGCAACCACAACGAGCGCAAUGAUGAAAAGAAAGCAAAGAGUGAUGAUUGAACUAAUCCAUAGUUUUUAGUUUCCAUUGUAGGGAAAUCACUUAUCAAUAUUUUAUACUCUUAACACCAGCCUAACGAAACAUAUUCGUUUUAAUUGGUUUUCUCCAGUACUUGUAGUUGGAAGACAAUAACUUCUUCCGUUUUUAAUAUAUGAAUUCCUUUUCAAAUCUUACAACAAGCGAGCAUGUUGUAUGAGAAUAUUGUAGAAUAUCACAGUAGAUCCUUAGUAGGUUUACCCAGCAUAUUGCUUAAUACCUAUAUUACAAAUAAUUUUUAAUCUUUUGUACUAUUUAACAUGUGUGACUAAAGAAAAGAAAUAAAUUCCAAUAUAAAAACUUAGCAAAA